AGAUCCCAAAAGAAAAGAGAGAGAGAGAGAGAGAGAGAGAGAGAGAGGAAGGAAGAAGCGUCAAAGCCACAAGAUGCAACGCAACGCCACCCUGCGAGCAAAAAGCCUGUCCCCUUCGGCCUGAAAAGCAGAAGCCCGUCUGGUUUGCCCGACAGCUCCUCUGCCCCAGCCCGCGCUUGUGACUAGCAAGCGGUGGCGGCAAAAAAAGCGACUGUAGUCAGGGAGAGGAGGCGGCGGCGGAGGAGGAGGAGGAGGAGGAAGACGGCUGAGCCCUCCCCUCCCUGUUUUUUGCCUGGGCGAAGAAUGCCGGAGGCGCCUGUGGCCGCCCUGCGCGGAGCUUGAAGGCAGCGCCUUGUGCCGUCGACGCCCAGCUUCGACCAUGGUGGCUCCCUUUUCCUGACGCCGAGCGGCUUUUUGGCGAAGGACGGAGGAGGCUUUCCGCCGUCCCCCUCGCAGCGGGCUGGUAUGCGCGGGCAGCGGCGGGAUGGCCUCGGCUGUGUUUGAGGGCACCUCGCUGGUGAACAUGUACGUGCGGGGCUGCUGGGUGAACGGCAUCCGGAGGCUGAUCGUCAACCGACGCGGGGACGAGGAGGAGUUCUUUGAGAUCCGAACCGAGUGGUCGGACCGGAACGUCCUUUACUUGCACCGCAGCUACUCGGACUUGGGCCGCCUCUUCAAGCGCCUGCUGGACUCUUUCCCGGAGGAUCGCCCAGAGCUGUCACAGUCCCCCUUCCUCCAAGGCUUAAUUACAAUUAAAGAGUCUCAUGAAAUAGAAGCCAGGCUGAACGAGGUAGAGAAGCUCCUAAAGAAUAUUAUAAAUAUGCCUUGGAAGUAUUCCAGAUCUGAAGUUGUCCUCACCUUUUUCGAAAGGUCUCCUUUAGAUCAAGUGUUAAAAAACGACAACGUUCAUAAAAUCCAACCAAGUUUCCAGAGUCCAGUUAAAAUAUCUGAAAUCAUGCGUUCGAAUGGGUUUUGUUUAGCGAAUACUGAAACGAUAGUGAUCGAUCACAGUAUACCGAACAGCAAAGAAAGACACUUGGACACCGAUUCAGCAGAACACUUGUUUGAAAAUGUUAGUGAAUUUACCUCUGAGUUGCAGGACACUGAUGACCCAACAGCUUAUGUCACCAACUUGUCAUACUAUCAUCUGGUUCCAUUUGAAACGGAUAUUUUGGACUAAGACUGUCAAACAGACUUCACGGCUGACAUCAGGCAAUUGUCUUUUCUUGGGGCAUUCAGUGCCCUCCCUAGCUUUGCACUGAUCAUGCCUGCUACAAGUAUAUGAUGCAAGACAGAAAAGGAUUCCUACAAAAGGUAAACCUUGCAGCUGAUAUCAUUGUUGGAGUCUUCACUGAGCCUGGGUCAACUUGCAAGGAUGCUUUUCUCCUCUAAUGGACAAAGAAGUUUUUAUAUGGCCAAUAAGAAUGAAACAAGGACGUCAAAAGCUACAUUGAUUCAAAGAAUAAGUGAUGUACUGAUAAAACUUUGAUGAUACCAAAAUGGAAACAAGGCAUCAGCGGUACCGACAGCUACAGUGACAUUUGAAAAUAAACUUCAUGUUCCUCCUCUGUCAAGUGGUCUCUAAUCCCACCCAACAUUUUGAACCUCUUUUUAAUUGAAAGAUUCAUUAUGAUCAGACACUAGAGGAUUUUUUAAAUUAUUAUUUCUCAUGACGGCUUGCAAGAAAUGUCCAUUAGUUCGUUUACAGGGAAGUAUUCCAGAGUAAGUGAUGCCUUAUGUAAUGUGUGCCUACAAGAAAUAAGCUCAUGAAUUGACUGCUUAGUUUAAUUUAAGUUGAAACCAAGGAUUUUAAUCUUUUGAGCAACUAUCAUUUUCUCCUGAAAUAAAUAAUAAUAGUGAAACAAAAGAGUAAAUAAGCAAGUGGUAGCUCUAAGAGAAAGGGAAAUGCUGAUGAGUUUUAAAUGGUCCAUCCAAACCUUUUUUCCCCAGGAAUUCUCCAUGAUUUUUUUUUCUUCCACAAUAGGAACACUUUGCGAUUCUCAGUAUUAAUGUUUACACAGGUGGGGUACAUUUCUUCCUGUCACUUAACUUUCCAAGGACUAGAACAAGUAACUUGCCAAAAGUAUGAUAUCCGUGGUGAGUAAUCUUCAGCACUGCUCCCUUAAAUAUAAAUAACAACCAAGGAAUAUGAAGUGUGAAAUUCACAGUUUGGUGGGGCGGAUUCAUGUUAUCAAAUCGUUUUGAUGUUAUGAAUUAUGUGCCACAAAAAACCUCUGCUUUCUGUGGCACAUCACUGGCAUGUGCUAUAUGAGCUUCAGCCCAGAGAAAAAUCUGACCUUGCAUUAGGUGAUUUUACAGUGGCAAAACUUGAAUAUUUGUGAAAGGAGAGAAUAUCUUCUUCCAUUAAUAAUAGGAAUGCAAGCUGUGGUUCAUACACCUGGCUAGGUGGCUCCGUAGCUAAGACACUGAGCUUGUCGAUCAGAAAGGUCGGCGGUUCGGCGGUUCGAAUCCCUAGUAUAGGUCUCCUGUAUGAGCAGGGGGUUGGAUUAGAUGACCUCCAAGGUCCCUUCCAACUCUGUUACUGUUACCUGUUACCAUACCACUCACUCAGCAAUAAGCUUAUUACAGCUAUCGUUAUUUGAAAGUUACCCCACUGCUCUGUUUAAGCAUCAACCUUCCUCCCCAGCUUAUCUUGUGUGAUAUGGUAAAAGUAAAGGAGCCCCUUUUUACUUUGCUAGUUGUUGCCGACUAUAGGGAGUGGUGCUCAUCUCUGUUCCAAGGCCAUUGAAUCAGCGCUGUCCAAAGAUGUAUCCGUGGUCAUGUGGCCAGCACGACAUCAUGUAUCGCUGAGCAGUCAAGACACUGGGCUUGUCAACUGGAAAGACCCAAGCGCUACGUGACGGGGUGAGCUCCCAUUCUUACCCCAGUUCUUGCCAGCCUAGCAGUUUGAAAGCAUGCAAAUGUGAGUAGAUAAAUAGGUAUCACUUCAAUGGGAAAGUAACAUAAUCUUGUGUGAUAACUGAACAAGAACUCCUUUUCCUGUAAUAAUAGCAUAGGAGAUUGAGGGCCUAGCGCACCAACACAUUGACAUGCAGCCUUUUUUGAACUUCUGUACUCAUUUGUUAAGAAUACAAUCACUCCCCCAAAGAGUGAUCCUUGUAGUUCUUAGACCUUCCUUUCAGGUGGCCAUAAGCCAGAAGAAAAAAAAUACACAACUCUUGCUUUCCAUGAAAGAGGUAUGGCAGAAGUAAAAUCCACAGAGCUAAGGCCACGAAUGACACAUGGAUGGAGAAAGAGAACUGAUUCUCCCAUGAAAACACAACAGCCAAAACAGGGCUUAAACUGCUGAGUGUUGUUGCCUUAACAUUGAUUUGAGAUAGAGCCCACAGGGUAGCAGUCAACCACAUAGUGAUUGAAUUAUUUACAAGAGGCCCAUCUGCAGGUGUUUCAGUCAUUGCUUCCUUUGUCAAGAUGUUCUGGAACCGUUGUUCUGUAUUUUAGAGUUACGGCACGGUGAAUUAUUGAUGCCAAACUGUAGUUUACAAGGAUUGGGAAAUGACAGUGAAGGCAGUAUUAAACCAACACAUGUUUGUAAUGUAGAUUAAUGUCCAUAAUGUAAUGGAAAUCAGUACAUUCUAUUAAUUAAUUCUGUUUCCCCCCCUCUUGGCUGGGAAGGAUAUGGUACAUCUUCCCCAUCGCUAAAGCUUUUCAGAAUCUUUUGUAUAAUAACUGUAAAGCAACAUUUGCAAUUGUAAAUAUUAAUAAGUUAUUGAAAACCCUAAUCUUUUACAAAAUAUGUUUCCAUUAUAUUUUAAUGAAAUAAAAGUAUUACUCAUCUUCAGUGUCA